AUGGCUACCCUUCUGUUGUUCCUGCUAGUAAUCUCAAGUGUAGUAUUUGUUUGGACCUCUUUAGUGAUCCUCGUGUUCUUCCUGUUCUUCAUAUAUAUUGUUUGAAGUGUCUACAAGGACUUGUGAGUAAAGAAAAGAGCUAUCUCAGUUGUCCUCAAUGUAGAGCUAAACAUGAGAUACCCAAAGGAGAUGUGGCUAAUUAUCUUUGUGAUCUCUCCAUUUUACCAGAGUUAGAGGCAGCCAAAGCUACUUCAAGGAAAGAAGAGGCAAGAUGUGUGGUUUAUGUACCUCUGUUGAGAAAUUUGGAGCAGCGAGUGUGUAGUCAACGUGAUAAGCUUGAAGCUGAGAUAAUUGCAACAUAUGAUGAGUAUAUAACAAAGAUACAAGCAAUGAAGGAGGAGCUUUUGAAACAAGUUGAGUCCAAAAGAAGAGAAACCAGCCUGGAAGAAACGGCAGAGGAAAGACGCAAGAAGAGAGAAAAUGAAGUAAAAGAGAAAGAAGUUAAAACAAAAGGACAAGAAACACCAGAACAGCUUGAGACAUCAGAUGUGAUGGAUCAAGAAGAAGAGAAACCAGCCUGGAAGAAACGGAUAGAUGAGAGACGCUACUGUCAAGACUGUGGUGAGUAUUUGUGUAGUUAUUGUCAAGACAUGCACAAUAAAA